CUCGAAUGGCGUCGUCGCUGCCGCCUUCCCCUCCCCCCCCUCUCGCCCGUCGUGUCCCGCCGCCGCCGCCGCCGCCGCUGAGGUGAUCCCCGGCCUCCCCUCCCCACCCUCCCCGCCGCCAUGGAGGCCGCGCACAAAGCCAAGGGCCGGCUCCUCGUCUCCAACGCCCUGGACGCCAAGGACGAGUUGGAGGAGAAGCUGGAGCGAUGUCUGAACGUGGUGUCCCCGAUGAUCAACGGCGUGUCGGAGCGGGAGGCGAAUGAUGCGUUGAACGCUCAUGUUUGCAAAGGAGCGCAACAGCACGAGGAAGUGUGUUUAGGACUUUUAACGGUGAUCCUGGUGGAGCCUUUGCAGGCGUCGAGAUGUUACCGGGACCUGACGCUGGUGAGCAGGGACGGCAUGAAUCUCAUCUUAAUCAAAAUCAACCAGCUGCUGAUGGAAAAGUUCUUGAAGCUUCAGGACACGGUCAGGGUGCAGUUGGUGUGGCUGGUGCGUGAAAUAGUGAAGAACGCGGUCCUGGGCGCAGACGGUGUGUGCAUGACGCUUAUGAAGCAGAUCGCCGGAGGGGACGUCACACCCAAAAACAUCUGGCUGGCGGAGAACGUCCUGGACCUCCUGGUGGACCAAAGGGAGUGGGUGAUGAAGAGCAACAUGCUGAUCGCCAUGAUCAUCUACACCUACCUGCGUCUGAUCGUGGAUCACCACGGCACCCCCCAGCUGCAGACACUGCGGCAGAAGGAAGUGGAUUUCUGCAUGACCCUGAUGCGAGAGAAGUUCAUGGACUGCACGAUGAUUGGCCGCGACCUGGUGCGGCUGCUUCAGAACGUUGCCCGAAUCCCGGAGUUUGAGAAGUUGUGGAGGGACAUCCUGCACAGUCCACAGGCCCUCAACCCCCAGUUCACAGGUAUCCUCCAGCUUUUACAAACGCGGACGUCUCGGAAGUUCCUGGCUUGCCGCCUGACGCCCGACAUGGAGACCAAGCUGCUGUUCAUGACCUCCAGGGUGCGGUUCGGACAGCAGAAGCGCUACCAGGACUGGUUCCAGCGGCAGUACCUCUCCACCCCCGACAGCCAGUCGCUACGCUGCGACCUGAUCCGCUACAUCUGCGGGGUGGUCCACCCGUCCAACGAGGUGCUCAGCUCCGACAUCCUGCCCCGCUGGGCCAUCAUCGGCUGGCUGCUCACAACCUGCACCUCUAACGUCGCAGCCUCCAAUGCCAAGCUCGCCCUGUUCUACGACUGGCUUUUCUUCAACCCGGAAAAGGACAGCAUUAUGAACAUCGAGCCGGCUAUCCUGGUGAUGCAUCACUCCAUGAAACCCCACCCCGCCAUCACCGCCACCCUGCUGGACUUCAUCUGUCGGGUGAGUUGCCACUCGUACCCUCAACCAAAGAUCCUAUAGCGAGCAGGAUAGAACACGUAGAGAACCGGCCUCCACCGCCUUCUGGGGGCAGAGAAUUCCACAGACUCAUCACUCUCUGAUGCCAGCACCGCCAUUCAAUGUGAUCAUCCCCAAUCAGUACC